GCCACAUAUUUUACCGCCAGAUAGCGCUAGAGAGCUGACUUCCGGUUUUUCAUCUCUAAGUUCAAUCGCGGAAGUCGAAGCGCUACUAGCGUUGAUUUUUUCCUAUAUUUUGUAGCAACCACGUUUCGAAUCGGUGAGCUACAAAUGCAGAUCUUUGUGAAGACCCUAACGGGCAAGACCAUCACCCUUGAGGUUGAGGCUUCCGAUACUAUAGAAAAUGUGAAGGCCAAGAUCCAAGAUAAGGAAGGUAUCCCUCCGGAUCAACAGCGUCUUAUCUUCGCUGGCAAGCAGCUGGAAGAUGGUCGUACAUUAUCCGACUAUAAUAUCCAGAAGGAGUCCACUCUUCACUUGGUACUCCGUCUUCGUGGUGGUGUAAUUGAACCCACCCUUCUUAUCCUUGCCCGAAAGUACAACCAGGACAAAAUGGUUUGUCGUAAGUGCUAUGCUCGCCUUCAUCCACGCGCAACCAACUGUCGCAAGAAGAAGUGUGGUCACACAAACAAUAUCCGUCCCAAGAAGAAGCCAAAAUAAGCGUACGCCCCCACUUCGUUUACAAGUCACGAAGAAUACGUAUUUAUUUUUCAAGAAAUGCAUACAUUUGUGAUAUUGUAAACGCUUGUUCUUGCUUUAAAUAAAAUCUAAGCAACCAAUUAUAUACAGUAA